UAUUUGCCAGCGUUUGGUCAGCACUGCUCUCAAGAGUUUUGUUUAAGCGUACGAAAGGAAUCCUUCAAGAUGUACUUGACUGACUUCAGCGCACUGCUGGCAAUGCUCCUCUUCAUAAUGUACCGAACAGUACGGGGAGGCAGCCCUGUGACGUCACGGCCAGGCAGCAAGCUAAUCAACCACGUGAUCGCAUCUUUCCAAUCAAACUCCUUUAUCCAGUGCAUUCAAGCAUGCAUGGGGACGCCAGAUUGCUACAGCUACAACCAGUACCCCGGAGCUGGUCUUUGCGAAUUAAACAGAGCCACGCACUUAUCCCAUCCAUGGGACGUGGUGAGCGACCCAGACGGGAGUUACAUGAUCUACAAUCUACGCCCCUACAGAUGUAGCUACUCGCUUUGUCAAGAAGACGAGAUGUGCGAGGUCAAGCCUGAUGGGAUGACGUAUACGUGUCGAGUGAAGCGCUUUAACAUAUACGUGCGGUCUGAAACGUUUGAUGACCCAAGCAGGUUGGAAAGUGAAAGUGAAAGCAGAAUUACCGUUGAUGGACAAGAAUACUUCAAUAAUGCUGGACGAGGAUGGACUAUUGUUGUCUUCCACAUGAAUGGGACAUUUCAUUCAAAAAGUGGCCCAUUCGACACUAGAGGUUCAUCUUCUCACGCAAAAGCAAUGGCCGAAUACCUAACUAAUCUCCCAAACAACACGCUGGUCAUCGCUACUGUUGAAGUAACUGCCGACCUGGCCGGUUUAGCCGAAUCCGCCUUGAGGAGCAUAGGGGCCCGAGAUCCGGUAACUCCAGGGUAUAGGGAAGCGUGGUGCAUUGUGGGAUACAAAGGAGGGAAUCGGCCAUGGAUCCGACAGGAACACUCGACAACUGACAUCACGGAGAUCAGCGUCACGGUGCCCUAG